AUGGACGAGCGAAAGGAAAAGGAACCAGCUAAAGAAGCAGAACUGGAAAGCCAAAAUGCGAGAGAAAAGCCAAACACUAAAUUGUCGACAUUCAAAUCCCUGGGAUUCCUCGAUCGCUAUCUUGCCCUAUGGAUACUGUUGGCGAUGGUCAUAGGAGUCCUCCUGGGGAAUUUCGUCGAGCAAAUUGGGCCUUCCCUUCAGAAGGGUAAAUUCGUAGGAGUUUCGGUGCCAAUAGCGAUUGGACUGUUGGUCAUGAUGUACCCUAUCUUAUGCAAAGUUCAGUACGAGAUAUUACAUCAUAUUCUUCGGAAAAGAGAUCUAUGGAUUCAGAUAGUAUUCAGCGUCUUCGUGAAUUGGAUUGUCGCGCCCUUUCUGAUGCUUGGAUUAGCAUGGGCUUUCUUGCCAGACAAAAGUGAUCUACGAACGGGGCUGAUUUUGGUCGGUUUGGGAAGGUGCAUUGCUAUGGUUCUGAUAUGGAAUGGCCUCGCAGCUGGUGAUGAGAACUACUGUGCGAUUCUGGUCGUCGUUAACUCCGUUCUUCAAAUGGUUUUGUUUGCACCACUUGCAGUACUAUUCAUUAAAGUGAUCAGUGGCAGUGGGGAACUCGAGCUUUCGUACUCAACAAUCGCGACGAAUGUGGCAGUGUUUCUUGGAAUACCAUUGGGGGCCGCUAUUUUGACCAGGCUCCUCAUUCGACAAUUUGCCGGACCUGAUAAAUACGAGGUUUUCCUGAAGUGGCUUUCUCCGUGGUCGUUGAUUGGCCUACUCUAUACUAUUCUUGUUCUAUUUGCUUCUCAGGGUCGUCAGGUUGUCCACCAAAUCGUCUCUGUAGUUCGCGUCGCUGCACCUUUAAUUGUUUACUUUGUCGCCAUUUUCAUCGUCACGCUGUAUGUGACAUACAGGCUUGGUUUUGGCUAUAAGUUAGGUGUUACACAGAGUUUUACAGCCGCCAGCAAUAAUUUUGAGCUAGCUAUAGCGGUUGCUGUUGCAACUUUUGGUCCCAACAGCGAUCAGGCGCUUGCAUCGACUGUAGGUCCUCUUAUUGAGGUCCCUGUCUUAAUUGCUCUGGUGUAUGUAGUCCGAUUCAUAGGCAAGAGGUGGAAUUGGAAAGAUUAA